CCGCAUCCCCCCCGGAGAGGUGAUGUUCUGCACCCUCAACACCCACAAGGUGGACAUGGAGAAGCUGCUGGGCGGGCAGAUCGGCCUGGAGGACUUCAUCUUCGCCCACACCAAGGGCCAGCGCAAGGAGGUCGAGGUCUUCAAGUCAGAGGAGGCCUUGGGUCUCACCAUCACCGACAACGGCGCCGGCUACGCCUUCAUCAAGCGGAUCCGGGAGGGCAGCGUCAUCGACCGGAUCCCGGUGAUCAGCGUCGGGGACAUGAUCGAGGCCAUCGACGGGCGGAGCCUGGUGGGCGCCCGGCACUACGAGGUGGCCAAGAUGCUGAAGGACCUGCCCCGCGGCCGCUCCUUCGCCCUCCAGCUCACGGAGCCCCGCAAGGCCUUCGGUGAGCCCCGGCCGGGAGCACUGGGAGCCCACUGGGAGGCUGGGGGGGUCCCCAUGGGCUGCUCCCCACCAAGAAAGACACCCACCCCCUCCACGGGACUAGGGAGACCCAGGUGUCCAAGGCUUCGGUGGCCCCCUCCCUGGACUGGAGGGUGGUGGGCUGGGUUACUGGGAGCACUGGAAACCCAACCAGUAAGGUGUGGGGGACACCCCCUCGCUGCUGGGACCCCCAAAACCUGGGGAGGUGGAAGAGGCACCUUAGAGACCCCCCCAAAACUGGGGGGGGACACGACACACUCCAUAGCCCUGAGGGGGACACCUGAGAUCCAAAGGCGGGGGGGGCGCUGA